CUGUGGAGGGCGCCCCCCGUGAUGGCGGGAACUCCCCCGCCGCCUUCCAGCUCUCGGUCGGAUUAGCAGGGCGCCGCGGCUUCCGAGAACGCCGCGCGGGACUCGGCCCGGCCGCUGGGUUCUGUUGUUUUGUCUUUCCUUGUUUUUUGUUUUUUGUUUUUUGUUUUUUUUUUUAACAAGAGCAGCCCCGGUCCCGAGUUUCCCGCAGGCCCGUCUGGCUGGACGUGCUCGUUCGUUCUCCUCCCACGGUUCCUGGAAAUCCCACCUCACCUUAGGGCCGGCGGUUCUGGUUUCCCAUCCCAGGUGGGAAUUGUCCCCGACUGACGUGCACUGUGUUUGGAAACAGCCUCGGUGGCCUUCCCACCAACCAAUUGCUGCAUGAUGGACUGGUUAGCUUUCCUGGCCAUCUGAUGUCCUUAGCACGCUCAUCCGGAAGAACUUGUCAGGCUUUUUGCAACCCCGUGCUCUUGAGAGAUACAAUCAUGGUAUGUGGAAAUGUAGAACAACCCAUCACCAGACUAGAGCUUGAAGAAUAGGUGAUUGGAGAAAUGGGUGCAUGGAGAGCCCAUCGCAUAGGGCUUUUUGCUGGGGCUUCGUAAGCCUCUGAGCUUAUCACCAGUGCCCCUUUUUUGCUGUAGCAGUAGGCUCAGAGGGGGGUCAGUAACACUGUUGCAUACUUCUUUCUUACAGGUCCAGCCAUCUUUUGACUGCCACACAUGGACUUCCAAAAAUCCCCAAAGGAAACUGUCCUCAUUACCGGAGGAGGUGGCUAUUUUGGUUUCCGCCUGGGCUGUGCUCUGAGCCAGAAAGGAUUCCAUGUGAUUCUGUUUGACAUCAGCAGCCCCGUUCAUUCCAUUCCCGAAGGAAUCAGGUUUGUCCGUGGAGACAUUCGCCACCUCUCUGUGGUGGAGAAAGCCUUUGAGGAUGUGGACGUCACGUGUGUGUUCCAUGUUGCCUCUUACGGCAUGUCCGGGCGGGAGCAGCUGAAUCGGAGCCUGAUUGAAGAAGUCAACGUGGGGGGCACAGACAACAUCCUCCAGGUCUGCAGGAGGAGAGGGGUACCAAGAUUCGUUUACACCAGCACUUUCAAUGUCGUCUUUGGAGGUCAAGUUAUCAGAAAUGGAGAUGAGUCUCUGCCUUACCUACCUCUUCACCUCCAUCCCGAUCACUACUCUCGGACCAAAUCUAUUGCAGAGAAGAACGUGCUGGAGGCCAAUGGUACCAGCCUGGUCAGAAGUGAUGGUGUCUUACGAACCUGUGCUCUGCGGCCGGCUGGCAUCUAUGGACCUGGAGAACAGAGGCACCUUCCCAGGAUAGUGAGCUACAUCGAGAGGGGUCUGUUCAAGUUUGUGUAUGGGGAUCCUGGGAGCCUGGUUGAAUUUGUCCAUGUGGAUAACUUGGUACAGGCUCACAUUCUGGCCUCAGAGGCUCUGAAAGCUGGCAAGGGCCACAUUGCCUCUGGGCAGCCCUACUUCAUUUCAGAUGGCAGGCCCGUGAACAACUUCGAGUUCUUCCGGCCUUUGGUUGAGGGCCUAGGCUACACGUUCCCAUCUGUCCGCCUGCCGCUGACCCUCAUCUACUGCUUUGCGUUCCUGACAGAAGUGGUUCACACCAUCUUAGGUCAACUCUACAACUUCCAGCCCUUCCUCACCCGCGCAGAAGUUUACAAAACUGGCGUCACACAUUACUUUAGCCUAGAGAAGGCCAAGAAGGAGCUUGGUUACGAGGCUCAGCCAUUUGACCUCCAGGAAGUAGUAGAAUGGUUUAAAGCCCAUGGUCAUGGCAGAAGUCCUGGGAAUCGUGACUCUGAAUGUCUUCUUUGGGACGGGCUGAUGGUCUUACUCUUGGUUCUAGCAGUUCUCACAUGGCUGCCUACCUCUGUGGUUCUGUCACUGUGAGGGAACUAGAAGUAAGCUGAUCACACUUGCUGAGGUGGUUUUCAAGAAAUACAGGUUUAAAAUAUCUAUAGAUCUAAAUAUAUCUGUAUAGAUACCUAGAUGGAUAGAAAUAGAUCUCUGGUAGCAAAGUUCGGCUCUUCUAAUUGCUACUUCAGAAUAGAUUCUUGGAUCAGGUCUUCAUUUCUUACCUUCUUACACUAAUCCUGAUAGGAGAAAAAUAGAAGCAAAGACAAGUUUGAGAUAUAAUUUCUUGUAUCCUCUUUUAGAUGAGUAUGAAAGAAGUGGCAUUGGAGCCCUGGAGGCAGACUGAGGAAAUUUGGAAAUGUCUUGAGUUUCUCUGAGCCGAAAAUACACUUAUUUCUGUUCCCUAACACUCUGCAUCCACUGAAAAUAGAAUAAAAUGUGCACUGAUGGGGAAUGGCAAAACACUAACAGGCUUGAAAAUGUGUGAAAAACACCAAAUUGGGUCAGAUCCCUACAGACCAACCCUCUGAGGAGAUGGUGGCUGCUGAGAGGCGUUAGGAUUUAGGAAUUAUUUUUUGCCCUUUAGGAUAUAAAGGUGUUACACCCGUGUGACCACGUGACAAUGUCUGAUUUUUAAACAGAACUUUGUCUGACCUCAUAGGAUUCUUUCGAGGAUUAAAUUAGACAAGACAUGUAAAGUGCCACUCAACACACACGAGCCAAUGUUUUUAAUAUCAUUGCUAUGCAUUCCUUAUGAGGGUUUUCUUCUUCAGGGUAAUUCUGUUCAGAGGCUGCUGGUGCCACUCACCUUUCCAGAAUGUCUUUGUGGUGAGCCCUCUGAGUCCACAGCAAGCAUGUUUGAAUAUACUCAGUAUUUGUAAAGUUUAGGUCUCUAAGCUUAGAUUGAAAUUUAGGAAGCAGCUACAAAUGUGAUUAAGGAAGAUGAUCAAGCAGAUGAUGUUGUUUGUAAUUUAAAAAUAAAACAUAACU